GCAGAUUUCACCAUCGGAAAUCGUCAACGAACCGACCAUGCUGUGCGAAGGCUGCUGCGCAGCGCUUCUCCAAGCCUACCAGUUCCGGAUCAAGCUGAACGAGGCGGAGUGUUUGCUAAGGUCACGGGAUGGCCUUGACGGCGAAGACGCCGACGACGCCACUUCCACCAAAACCGGUCUAACGCUACAGCUCGAGGAGAUUGAGCCAUUUUUGGACGAUCCAAGUCCCGUUUCGGAGGAAGUUGUGCCUCCGGCAAAGCCACCAAAGAUCCAUCACGCCAAACCACGGUUCCAGCUGACCAACCAGGUCAGCAACAUCCUGCGCCACGUGGCCGCCAGCAGUGGUUCCGAGAAACGGAAAGAGCUGGACGAACCCUCGCUGGACUCGUCAACGCCAAAGAAGAUCCCACGCCGGAACGAAGAUUCCGGUCACCUCAACCAGACCCUGAUCGUGCCAAACUACAUCUUUGCCAACGAGAUCGACGAGGACGGCCGAGCGGACAAAACUAUCCUCCUGGUCGAGCCAGUCGCCGUUUCUACGUCAAACCUAACUCCGCCGGAACCACCGGAAGGAUAUCCCUCAAUCGCCUACUGCAAACACUGCCCCAAGGCGUUCUCCUCGCCGCAGCACCUGCUUGCCCACACCAAAUCGACCCACCUCUGUCAGCACUGUCUGCGGCAUCUGCCGACGGCGGCCGACCGGAACCGGCACGUCCGCGAGGAACACACGAGCUUCCGCUGUACGCUGUGCAGCACCUUCCAGACCAGCUACGCGGCGAACCUGAGGACGCACCUGCGGCGAACGCACGCCGUCGCCCUGCCAGCGCAUGUUUCCAUCCUGCAGCAGCCGUCGUCGGUUCCCGCUGGGCCGGAAGUGAUUUCGACAGGUGAGGGGUCACAGGAAGGAAAUAAAUGAUGCU